ACAUGACGUGUGUGUGUGUGUGUGUGUGUGUGUGGUGGUGUGUGUGUGUGUGUGUGUGUGUGUGUGUGUGUGACUGAGCUUCGAUGCAGCUCCCAGGCGAGGUUCAACCACUGCAAUGGACACUCAGCCAGUUCCUGUCACAGAUAACUCAGUGAGAUUGCCACAGACACAAUGGCCCCCGCAGUGCUCCACGAAUUAUUAAUGCUUGUGUGACGUGCUGACAGUCAUUGAUUGCGGUAAACUGGAGGUAAGGUGUGGAUAAACAGUGAGACGGUUUCUGAAGAUGGGUCCCCAGCUCUACCUCACAAUGUACAAGGAGCAUUUCAGAUCUCCGGGCAGAGCAAAAAAAGCUGAACUUCGACCCACCUCAGCCCACCGCAGGAACAACCCUCAACCCCGGCCGGACUUCCUGUUUCCCCGCAGUCUUCGGUCGAACUGCAGACCAACGCGCUCGCUACUCCUCCCUUCACCCCCUGUGGACACGGGCCGGCCCCUUUUCCCCCCUGUGAGCCAUUUUUCAGCUCACAAUCCUGUCUUAGCUUUUCCUGAAAACCCUUUAGGCAAAACAAAUUCUGACAGCCCACAUCACAUGCCUCCUAUCAAGGCCCACAAACUCCAGCUGAUAAAGACUCCUGCUGCGAGUGACGGUCAGGUUCCCACCACUCUGAGGAGCCCUGAUAAGACAGCAGGUUAUCAGAAGAAUGUCAAUCCACUCUCAGCACGACAAAUCAGACCACAAGCAGGAGUUCAGUUUCAGACGAGACCACAAACGAGCAACCCUCCUGCAGCUGCAGCUCCUCUCUGCUUUGUGCGGACGCCUUACAGGAAAUGUUGCUCGACCAGAACUCAAGAUUUUAGCGACUGCUACAGCUGCUUUCAUGUAGUGAGGCCCUGCCAGGCUGCUCACUACGUCAUACACCCAGAGUUUGUCUCUGAAAGCCUUUAUUAGGAACACCGGAGGUUGCCCUGUUCCAAGCUGGGGAGAUUCAGAACAAGAGUCUGUUCAGCUAUUCUCUGCUAAUUAACCACACCACUCCUGGCAGAGCACCAUGCGGACUUUUAAAUUUCCUUUUUAAAUAAACAGCAAUGUCUUUCCAAGGGUUGGCUUGUCACGAUCGAGUUGGAUGAAGAAUAGUCGCUCUCUUGUGGUUCCAGUGCAACCGAAUAUUGUAUUGCAUUUAUACUUUUGCCACAUAUGUGAAAAAUUUCUUCCAAUAUUUGUUCAGCAGAGAAAAUUAUUUUUGGAAAUGUUCACAUUUGUUUUUUUUAGUAGAUACAUUUUUUAAUGGGACCAUUGGCAUACAAUUUCUCUACACAUACAAAGACAUUGAGACAGUCAAGCUCACAAUUGAAUAAUAUGUGAUUGAGUUUUAACACUGAGGCAGAAAGCAAAGAUAACUUAUUUAACUACAGGUGAAACAUGUCGAAGCUGCCAUCCCAAGACUUAAAUAAAUGUCAAUCUGCUUUCUUAUGGGACACGUUUGUUCGAUCCAAUCAACUUGAAUGAAUCUUAAAAUAUGGAUAUUGAAAUAAUAAUAAAAUUGGUUUUUUUUCUAACAUUCUUCAUUCAGUAUGCAACAGGUAAACGAAGUAUCAAAGGUUUUCUAAGUUUGAAUAUUUCAGAGCUACAUAAAAUUAACAGCAAGUGUUUUCAAAAUCUGAAAUGAACAAUUAGAAAACAGUAAACAUGCUCACAGUUUCUUUUGCACUUUGUAUGUUGGAAACUGUGAAUUCUGUGUGGUGAUUAAACGACUGUGGGUGGCCAAAUUGAAGGCGCAGUGUGAAAUGAAGAGCAUCGGUUCUCCACCUGGACUACAUUUCCCUUGUCAGUGUGGGCGUGGAUGAAGGCGGGGUCAACCCAG